UGUGUGUAUGAAAGAGAGAGAGAGCGCGAGAGAGAGAGAGAGAGAGAGCGAGAGAGAGAGAUAGGGGGGUGGGCAUGCAAAAUAAGCCACAUGCAUAAGAAGGGAGCCAAAGGCACAGAGACAGAGAGGGAAAGAGUGUGAGUGUGCAUGUAAGUGUGAAAACACUGCGCAUGUGUGACUGUGAGGCGCACUGACUGGAACAGACGGAGAAGGAGAAAGAGGAGUAAUGAACGGCAGCUGAGACGAGAGGAGAGAUAACAGCAGAGGAGAGGGAAACGAAGGAGAAGAGAGGUUUAACCUGAAGACUAGACGAAAGGAAGGAAGGAAGAGAAGGGGAACCUACACGCAGAGAAACACAGCAAAGAAGCUCAGGUCACUGCACAGAAUAAGCUGAAUAAUUUGAGAGGCUUGGGAAGAAGGAUGGAGAAAGAGAGACCAGAGGGAGACACUCAGCCACAGCUCGGAGGAGAAGGAGCAAGGGUGGGAGAGUGAAAGACAAAGGUACCAGAGAGGAGAGGAGAAGAGGAGCGAGGGAUGCGGAGCUCGACGAAAAAGCAGCCAGAGACAUGACGCAUCCACCUUGCAACAGCUUCCUCCAUCUUACAUCUCCUCCAUGUUUUCCUUCCUUCGUUGCUGCUCGUUGUUCGUCCUGCUAGAGUCAAAUGGACAGGAGAGAGCGUCCUCCCUCUGGUGAGACAUCCACUGAACAAAGAGACUGAGUGGCUCGGUUUUACCUUCACAGAACAGCAUCAACACCGUCGACAGCAACAACUAGAACAGGAGAGAGAAGGCGAGAAAGGACUGAAACAAGAGAAGUGCGUAGGCAGACAGGUAGCUGGACCAAAGGAACCCGUUACAAGUCUGAGACACUGAAAAAGGGGGAGACAAGCACAGAGGCUUCCUUCAGACUGUUAUCACAUCUUCUGCUCAGCUGGGAGGACUGUCUGAAAGUCCGAAAUAAAACCUUCACUCCCACCUCUGAGGAAUUCAGGAGCCUUGGAGCUUGAAGGAGUCAUUCCAGCAGAGCAUUAUAGGACACCUCCCUCUUUCUUAUCAACAAGCCACCUAGAGGGUCACACAGGGUCACCUGAACAAACUGGACCAAGAGCAGAGAGAAAGACUGGAGCGUAUUCUUUCUUUCUCACACACUCAAGUUGACGUGUAACAAACACCCGCAGCCAAAAACAGGAAGUCAGGCGGGUGUUUAAGCAAGAAACACAUGCAAGGGCUAGUUUGAGAAGGCAAGAGUUUCCUUGGCAGGCCACAGGAUAUAGUUUAAGACAAUACCUCUUGAACUGCCUGAAACCACCCCUCCCCUUCCCCACUCUGUGAAUGCAGAAAUCCACCAACCUGUACUGUAUGUAUAUAUGUGAGCAUCUGUGUGCAUAUGAGAUUAUUUAUUGGUGUUAUCACUGAGUGAGAACAUAUCUUUGUGCUAAAGUACUAAACUGUCCUUGUGUGUGAAUAUUCUGCAAAUAGCCAUCAGAGACAGCACAGGAACAUCAGCAUCAUUGAUUAGAAACAACAAAAACUACCUUUAAGUAGUCAACACUGGUCAAACACUGUAAGCUGGACUGUUAAAUCAUCUGUACAUAUCAGCGGUGACAGAAUAAGAGCUUCGGAUUGCGGUGCUCUGGCUGAGCUCCUCUAUCUGUCUUCCCCUCACAAAGACUCAGGCUGACAGUAGCGCCCACCAGAAGGGGGGGAUCUCUGAGGGAAACAUGGAGGCAACCAUCCGUCCCCAUGUCCCCUCGAAUGGCUGACUCCAGAGACAGAGCCCACUUUUUUUCCCCUUGCCCAGAACCAGGCAGGGUUGUCCAGCACUGAUAAGAGCCACAGCCCCUUUCUCUUCCACCUCCAAAAAACGUGCGAAUGUCCUGCCUCAGACGUCAGCCCGUCACCAUCCCCAUGGACACCGUCAAGAUCAUCCAGUCGGAGAAGUUCCCCAGGGAGUGCCCUGUGCCCGUCACCCAGCCGCGCUAUGCCCCGCCCCCAAGAGUGGCGUGGGACGGCGGAGGCGAAGGCGAAAUCAUCGUCAACCAGGCCUGCAGCGACCUGACCCUGGACAUUGCAGGGUCCCCCCGGCCUAUGGUGUCCCCGGCGGCCCCCGUGACGCGCAGGGAGCAGAGCUUCCUGGCGCAGCGCAAAACCAGUGCCAACGAGAUCUGCUACCACCAGUUCCACUACAAGAUGGAAGACGUGAUAGUAAACCAGUAUGUGCUGCGCUCCUCCUCCACCUCCUCCUCCACUUCUUACACUCUUUUCGUCUAUAAGCUCUACCCUCUCUGCCAAUCUCCCCCCUCUCUCUCACACACAUACAGUAAAUAAAUCCCUCCACAGAUGUUAUCUCUAUAUAUUUAAUAGCACAGAUGGAUACUGUGUGGGACUAAUGGAUGCCGGUGGUUCAAUAAAUAGUAAAUAAAUGUAUUUUAUGUAUGGACUGGAAUCCUAUUCACCCUCUCUCGUUUGGUUGGACGUGUUUGUCAUUGACAUCUCUUUACAUGGGAAUGCCAGGGGAGGUCUAUCCCCCCAACCUAGGUGAAUAAAGAUUAAAUAAAUCUAAAAGUAACUCUGUGUGGCCUACACUUGUUAUCUGUCAAGGUGCAGAAUUCU